GCUCUGUGAUCGGCUGAAAUGGGCAGGUCUCCAUGCCGUGCUGAUGAUGCCAACGUGAAAAAGGGGCCUUGGACUCCAGAUGAGGAUCAGAAACUGGUCGAUUACAUCAACACAAACGGCCAUGGAAGUUGGAGGUCUCUUCCGAAGCAAGCAGGCUUAAACAGAUGUGGCAAAAGUUGCAGAUUAAGGUGGACUAAUUAUUUGAGGCCUGAUAUCAAGAGAGGCAAAUUCAGUGAAGAAGAAGAGAAACUUAUCAUCAACCUUCAUUCAGUUCUUGGAAACAAGUGGUCUAGGAUUGUUUCUCAUCUUCCUGGACGAACAGAUAACGAGAUUAAGAACUUUUGGAACACACACGUUAGGAGGAAGCUAUUGAAUCCGGGAAUUGACCCUCACACCCACAAGCCAAGAACUGAUCUUGAUCACCUUUUGAACAUUUCACAAUUGCUUUGCGUGGCUCAAUUAGGCAACUUGAUGAACCCUCUGGACACUGUUUUUAAACUCCAGGCUGAUGCUGCUCAACUAGCCGAAGCCCAAUUACUACAGAAUCUGAUGCAGAUUAUGAACACGAAUCAACGAGAUCCCUGCCAACUUGAAGGAUUAGCCGUACAACAAACACCUCAAAAAAUCCCCAUUCAUGCUGGUGCAGCCCCUCAAAAUCAUCAGAUUUUGAGGAAUUCCUUUGAACAAAAUGAAAAUCAACUUCCUGGCUUGGUUUCAACAUCUCCUGAGACUGCACAAGACUCCACUAUCUAUGAGGCUUGGGAGAAGCUGCUUAUGGAAGAUGAAGCCGAUGGUGGUGCUUCCUACUGGAAAGAAAUCCUCGACUUUAUUUCAUCAACUUCGUCACCAAUCUCAUGGUAG